GGUCAGCAGUGACAGGGAGUUGCUUUAGCUCAGCAAAGUCAGGGGUACCUGCAGUUAUAUGACUGGGGACUGCUGUAUUUCAGCAGGAAUAGGAUGUUGCUACAGCUCAGCAGGGAUAGGAAGUAGCAGUUCCUCAACAGUCACAGCAAGUUGCAGCAGUACAGUAGGGGAUGUUGCUGCAGCUUAGCAGCAGUCGGUGAAGAACCAGGAACAGGUGUUGGCUGCCGGGCUGCCGACUGGACACUGGGAGCAAGAGUCCAGGAGAAGAACCAGGCAGGACAGGUGGUACCUCUGUGGUACUGAUCCAUUGAGUCUCUGGGGUGCUAGUCAGCACAAUAUCUGGAGGGUUGUCUCUGAAAGUCUCUGGAAUGCUGGACAGCUGAAUCUAGGUAGAGUUGGCCAACAAAGUCUCUGGGGCUCUGAUCAGCUGAGUCUCUAAGGAGCUGAAUUGCAAAGUCUCUGGAGUGCUGAUCAGCUGUCUUUGGGAAGCUGAAUCUCCGGGAAGCUGAACAGCUCAGUCUCUGGGGCACUGAGCAGCUGGGAGCUGGGCAGCAGCGUGGACGUGGAGCAGAGCACGGGAGACUCUAGGGCGCUGAGGUUUGGAGAGGCAUGGGAUCGGUGAGAGCCCCGCUUCCUUCUGGAGUGCUUCACGGAAGGUGGCUCCAGGGCAGGAUCCGGCAGGAAACUGAACUAAGUGCAGAUGCCCUGGGGCCAUCAUGGGAGGAGCUGGAAAGGGUGAUGCUGGCUGUGAGGUUACUGGUUCAUGGACUAGUGGAAUUCAUACAGAACUUCAGCAAGAAGAGCAAAGACACUGCACAGCUGUUACCUGCUACCUGAAUCAGCAUGGAUGCCCACAUCCCCAAAUACAAGAAGAUGACAAUCCUGAUGUACCACCAUUUACAACAGACCACACAGAAGGACUUGCCUACAGAGAUGCUUUUGCAUUGUGUCACUUUAAAUAGUUAUUUUUGAAAUUACGUUUUCAUAGUUCUGUUGGGAUCAGAUACAUUUUUACAUGUAAUGAGCAAAUCAAUGUAUUUAUUUAAAAGUAAAAGUGUAUUUUUUUGUCUGAUAUAUUAAAGAAA